AUGCUGCCUUACCUGUUCCCUGAGCUGUCCACCUUUGCUACAGUCGCCGAUCUUAUCACCCACCUUCGCACUAGUGACGCUCGCCUGCGUGCCGCCCUUCCCACCGAGUUCUGCGCUAAGAACCCCCCUCCACUGUACUGGACACUCCACUUUAUAGUCACCCGUCUCCCUGACACCCUUAGCUCAGUGCGCGACCAUUUCCUUGCUCGCUGUCCCACUGAGCUCACUGUCGCCCUCCUAGAGGAGAAACUGCUAGCAGCCGAGAAGAGCAUUGUAGCUGUAGGUGCUGCUCGUGGCGCUCCUCGCACCCCCAUCUUUGAGGGGUGUUCUCCCUCUCCCCUCGCUCCCUCCUACGCUACUGCUGCUGCUGUUGACUUCCUUGGUGCUGAGUCUGCUGGCGCUGCUUCUGCUCCUGGUGGGAGGCGCCGCACCGGCAAGGGCAAGGGGGGCAAGGGUGGCGGGGGUGGCGCUGGGGGGGGAGGAGGUGGGGGAGGUGGGGGGGGAGGCGGUGCUGGAGGGAGCGGUGGCGGGAGCGCUGGUGGGAGUGGGGUCGGCGGUGGAGGCGGGGGCGGCGGAGGAAGCAGUGGCAGUAGUGGCGGCGGCGGCGGUGGCGGCGGUGGCGGCGGUGGCGGUGGUGGCGGUGGCGGUCGGAGCGGUGGUAGUGGUGGCGGCGGAGGUCGGAGUGGAGGCACUGGCUCGGGCCAGAGCUCCCAGCAGCAGCAGCGUCCCCAGACGACCCAGCAGCUUCGUGAGUGGCUUGCUCAGCGUGGGACGUCGGGGGGCAGUGGCCGCUGUUCCUAUGUCAUUCGCACAGGUGACCGCAAGGGACAGACGUGUGGGAGGUUCCACACCCCGUACCGCUGCUUCUCCCGCCUUGACGACGCUUGGCGUGAGGAGAUGGGCGAGGAUGUUGAGCGCCCCCGCUGGGCUGAGCUCAUGAGGGCUGGUGUUGAUAUCUUUGCUCUUGACUAUGAUGCUAUUAUUGCUGCCAUGUAUGCAUUGACUGUUAGUGCCGAGGGAGACUGUUACUUGUGUGUGCCGCCUGACCCAGGUAUAGAGCCCGCUGCCCUGGGUACUAGUGAGUCUGCUCUCUCUGGUAUGGUGCCCCCUGUACCUGCUCCCUCCAGUGCUGUCCCGGCUGUUUGCGAGUCUGCUCUCUCAGGUACAGCACCCACAGAGACUGCUCUCUCAGGUACCGCACCGGCUGAGGCCUGUCACACCUUCACCCUUGACUCAGGUGCUUCCCGCUGUUUCUUUCGUGACAGUACUGAGCUCACUCCGCUUCCUGCACUGGUCCCAGUCUCCUUGGCUGACCCCUCGGGGGGCCCAGUCCUUGCCCAGUCCACCACUGUGCUCCCUUGUCCGGCGGUUCCGUCUGGCUCGUUGUCGGGUUUCCACCUCCCCUCGUUCUCGACGAACCUGGUGAGCAACGCUGUCAUCCAGGAUCAGUGGGUUGACACCUUUACCCCUGGAGGACAGCGUGUGGCGAUCUGCACGUGCUCUAGGACCGGCCGUCACCUGGCUACGUUUACCCGUCGGCCGGGGUCGAGUCUCUACACACUGACCACUGCGUCUCCUCAGGUCGCUGCUAUCGGUCAGGUGUCCGCGUCAGGUCUGGUGGCCCACGCCUGUGAGUGUCGUUCCCUGUCGCACCAGACUCUUCUCUGGCACCACCGCCUGGGUCACCCCUCCUUGCCACGCCUCCGUGGCAUGCACCGUCGCCACCUUGUGUCUGGUCUUCCCAGGUCCCUCCCUCCCCUCCCUGCCUCGCCUGCGCCGCCUUGCCUUCCUUGCGUCGAGGGGCGGCAGCGCGCCGCUCCUCACUCCUCCUCGUUCCCCCCGACAGAGGCUCCUCUGCAGACCCUCCACCUGGACGUGUGGGGCCCAGCCCGCGUUCGUGGCCAGGGCGGUGAGCGGUACUUUUUGCUGGUUGUCGACGACUACUCGCGUUACACCACGGUCUUCCCCUUGCGCACCAAGGGUGAGGUCCCUGCUGUUCUGAUCCCUUGGAUCCGCACAGUUCGUCUCCAGCUCCGCCGCCGUUUCCGGACGGAUCUUCCUGUCCUGCGUCUGCACUCUGACAGAGGUGGUGAGUUUUCCUCCGACCUCUUGAGGACCUUCUGUCAGGCGGAGGGCAUCGAGCAGACCUUCACGCUUCCGGACUCCCCACAGCAGAAUGGGGUUGCUGAGCGCCGCAUUGGCCUGGUCAUGGAGGUCGCUCGUACCUCCUUGGUCCACGCGGCGGCUCCCCAUUUUCUGUGGCCGUUUGCUGUCCGAUACGCCGCGCAUCAGCUCAACCUCUGGCCCCGUGUCUCCUUGCCGGAGACCUCGCCCACACUGCGUUGGACGGGGGAGGUUGGCGAUGCGUCGCGCUUCCGGGUGUGGGGUGCUCGUGCCCUUGUCCGCGAUACGUCCGCGGACAAGCUCUCCUCCCGCACACUUCCCUGUGUCUUCCUUGGCUUUGUCCCUGACGCGCCGGGCUGGCAGUUUUACCACCCCACCUCGCGCCGGGUCUUCGCCUCUCAGGACGUCACCUUUGACGAGUCGGUCCCUUUUUACCGUCUCUUCCCCUACCGCACUGCCCCCCUCCCUCCCCCGCCGCUUUUCCUUGCUCCUGGUCCCCCUCCGGUAGACCCCCUUCCCCCUCAGGGUCCUGCUCCUUCAGGUGUCUCUCAGGUAGACCCUCCUCCCGUCGCUGAGCCUGUCGAGGUCACAGGUGACUCAGGUGCUGCUGCAGGUGGUGCUGCUGGGAGUGCUGAGCCUGGGGGUGCUGAGCCUGCGGGUGCUGGGCCUGGGAGUGCUGGGACUGCGGGUGCUGGAGCUGAGGGUACUGUGCCUGGGAGUUCGGCGCCUGGGGGUGCUGAGCCUGGGGGUGCUACGACUGGGGGUGCUGAGCCUGCGUGUACGGAGUCUGGGGGUACUGGGCCUGGGGGUGCUGCUGCUGAGCCUACGGAGCCUGGGGUUGCUGCGUCUGGGGGUGCUCUUCCUGGCGGUACUGGAGCUGCUGGAGCUGACAACGCUGGAGCUGACGGUUGUGGACGCAGUGGUCCUGCUGGUUCUGGAGGUGCUGGCGAGGGGAGGUCUGACGCUGCUGGGGCCUCUGGUGCUGACGUCGCCGACUCGGGGGGUGCUGCGGCGGAGGGUGCUGGUCCAGGUGCUUCUGGUGCUCCGGGUGCUGGAGGUGCUGGCGGAGCUCCGCCGUCGCGCCUGUUCUUCGCUCCUCCGUCGCCGUCGGCUUUGCCGCCGCCUGACACGGUGCUUCGCCAGGUUCUUUCCCUCCCGUCUUCCACUGGCCUUCCCCUCCAGCCUGGCUCCCCCCUCCCUGCUCCUGUGCCUUAUACUGCACAGCCGGACUCGCUUACGGAGCGUCGCGAGCCUGCGUCUCGUCCUGCCUCGCCUGUUCGCGCUGCUCGCGCUGCUCGCACUGCGCGCACUGGUCCCACUGGUCGUCGUGUCGCGCGUCCGCGUCCUCCUCCUGUUCCUGGCACGCAUAUUAUGGCCCUUCGUCCUUCCACUGGUCCACAGCGUGUCCCCCUACCGUCUCCUCCUGCGUCUUCUCUUCCUGACGUUCCCGACCCUGAGUCUGACAGUGUUCGUGCUGCCCACCCUACUGUUACGCGUCUUCUCGCCACUGUUGUCACUGACCCGUCGUUUGAGUCUGCUGCUGCGUCUGCCCUGGUCGCUGAGCUUGUCGACUUUGCUGCUGCCUGUCGUCUAGACUACGCCGCCAGUCUUGUUGCCGGGUCUGAGUCUGUCUGUCCUCCGUCCGUCGGGGGUGAGUGUGCUCUUGGCACGGACGUCCUUGAGGACAGGCAGGAGGACUUUGACUCUCUUGCGGCUGCUGUACCUCAUCUCGUGGCCUGGUUGCUUGCCCCUGAGGGAGACCCGGAUGCACUAGACAUCCCCACUCCGCGCUCUUACGCAGAGGCGAUCUCGGGUCCCUACUCCUCUCAGUGGCAGACAGCCAUGGACGCAGAGAUGGCAUCCUGGAAGUCCACAGGCACCUACGUCGACGAGGUUCCCCCUCCUGGGGCGAACAUCGUCGAUGGCAUGUGGAUUUUCAGGGGGGUUGACUUCUUCCAGACCUUCUCCCCCACCCCGAAGAUGACCACUCUUCGGGUUCUGCUACACGUUGCUGCUCAGCGUGACUACGAGCUUCACUCUCUUGACUUCAGCACAGCGUUCCUGCAGGGCAGCCUGCACGAGGAGAUCUGGCUGCGCCGCCCACCUGGCUUUACUGGGUCGUUUCCUCCUGGUACCCAGUGGAGCCUCCGCCGGCCAGUCUACGGUCUCCGCCAGGCGCCACGUGAGUGGCACGACACACUGAGGACUACACUUGCAGCUCUUGGGUUCGCGCCGUCUACUGCUGACCCGUCGCUGUUUCUGCGCACAGACACGUCGCUACCGCCGUUCUACAUUCUCGUGUACGUCGACGACUUGGUCUUUGCUACUGCUGACACUGAGGCACUCGCUCGUGUGAAGUCGGAGCUGCAGAAGAGACACACCUGCACUGACCUGGGUGAACUGCGUAGCUACCUUGGCUUGCAGAUCACCCGGGACAGAGCUCGCCGCACCAUCACCCUGACUCAGUCACACAUGGUGCAGCAGGUCCUUCAGCGCUUCGGCUUCCAGUUCUCCUCACCACAGGCCACACCUCUGGCUACCAGCCACUCGCUCUCAGCUCCACCUUCGGACGAGUCCGUAGAGCCGAGUGGCCCGUACCCAGAGCUUGUAGGCUGCCUCAUGUACCUGAUGACUUGCACGCGACCUGAUCUCGCGUACCCACUUAGCAUCCUUGCUCGUUACGUUGCGCCUGGGAGACACAGGCGAGAGCACUGGGAGGCUGCUAAGAGGGUGCUGCGUUACUUGUGCAGUACAUCAGGCAUGGGGCUGGUGCUUGGAGGACGCGACAGAGUUGUCCUCACUGGUCACUCGGACGCUUCUUGGGUGGACGACCUGGCUACGCAGCGGUCGUCACAGGGUUACACCUUCAGCCUUGGCUCUGGUUCUGUCUCGUGGCGGUCCACCCGCUCUUCUUCUGUUCUCGGCUCUAGUUGUGAGGCUGAGAUCUACGCCACAGCCAUGGCUGCACAGGAGUUACGCUGGCUCACCUACCUGCUGACUGACUUGGGAGAGCGGCCUAGUUCUCCUCCAGUUCUGUACGGUGACAACAAGGCGGCCCUUGCCUUGUGUCAGGAGCACAGACUGGAGCACAGGACGAAGCACAUUGCUCUUCGCUACUUUCUUGCUCGAGAGCUUCAGCAGCGCGGUCAGCUUCGGCUUGUGUACGUGGACUCGAAGGCCAACACUGCUGAUAUCUUCACCAAGGCGCUCCCGUCUAGUGAUCAUCAGCGGCACUGUACUUCUUUAGGCCUUGUGUCCACUUUUCCUCAUUUGCUUACUGCUUGA